AUAAUAAAGCUAAAAACCACUUAAAUAUCUUAAAUUUAAGUUAAUUAUUAUUUAGUGUAUAUUACUAUUAAUUAUAAUUUAAUUUUAGUGUUAAUUUUUUGGAACAGUAUUUAUCCACAGAGUAUUAAAUAAAUUCAACAUGUCUUUUGGUGGUUUUAUUGAUUUUUUUCAAAAAGGAAAAACAUUUAGGCCGAAAAAGAAGUUUUCACCGGGCACCCUUCGUUAUUCGUUGUAUAAACAUGCACAAGCUUCAUUAAACUCCGGCAUCAAUUUAAGGAAUGCAGUGCAAUUGCCACCGGGCGAAGACUUAUAUGAUUGGAUUGCUGUUCACGUGGUCGAUUUCUUCAAUCGAAUAAAUUUGAUAUAUGGUACAGUCUGUGACUAUUGUACAGAUACAUCUUGUCCAACCAUGAGUGGUGGCCCAAAGUUUGAAUAUUUAUGGGCUGAUAAAGAAAGAUACAAAAAACCAACACCAUUACCAGCACCUCAGUAUGUUUCACUGCUUAUGGAUUGGAUUGAAACACAAAUUAACAAUGAGAACUUAUUCCCAGUAUCAACAGAUGUACCAUUUCCAAAGACUUUUAUGCCACUUUGCAAAAAAAUACUUACUCGAUUAUUUAGAGUAUUUGUACAUGUUUAUAUACAUCAUUUUGACCGAAUUAUAUCUAUAGGCGCAGAACCACAUGUGAAUACGUGUUAUAAGCAUUUCUACUAUUUUAUAACAGAGUUUGAUCUAGUCAUAAAUAAAGAAUUGGAGCCAUUAAUGGAAAUGACGUCGAAAAUGUGCCAGGAUUGUCUUCAGAAUCAAUAAUUCUUCUAACCCAAAUGGUUUUUAUUUAAAAAAAAAAAAUAUGUUUAUAUUUUUUGAAGUACUAUGUGGCAUUUAUUUUACAAUUUUGUUACCUUUAAAAAUGUAUAUUUUUAAAUUAAUAUUCUUUUGUUAAUUUAAUC